ACGGGAACCAAUGAAGAGGGUAAAAUACAUGGUGGCAGCAUAGACUUUCUAGUUUUUUUACUAGGCACAUCAUCAACAAAACUGUAAACUGUGUUUAUAAAGUUUGUCUGUAAAAUAUUGCAAUAAACUGUAUCUCGCACUAGGUUACGCUCUACCUGUCUUUUCUUAUUAUAUGUAGAAUUGAUUCCUGAUGUAAGUGUUCGUUUACAUAACAACCAGCCUCUGAAGAUCAUGUCCUCAAAGACAGUUGUCUGCCCGCACUGUGGGGGAACCGAUGUGGAUGUUGAUCAAGCACGUGGUAAUGCAGUCUGUGAAACUUGUGGUUCUGUUUUAGAGGAUAACAUUAUUGUGUCUGAAGUGAAUUUUGCAGAGAACAGUCUUGGUGGGACAUCUGUGAUUGGACAGUUUGUGUCCUCAGAAGGUGGAAAAUCAUAUACUCUAGGGGGCAGUUUUCAUCAUGGAUUUGGAAAAGAAUCAAGAGCAAUCACUUUGCAGAAUGGCAAAAGAAAAAUUCAACAACUUGGAGGUCAACUGAAACUUAAUACGCAUUGUAUUGACACUGCUUACAAUUUUUUUAAAAUGGCAGUCUCCAAGAAACUUACCAGAGGUCGUAAAACAACGCAUAUUGUUGCCGCCUGCCUCUACCUUGUUUGCCGUACAGAAGGAACACCACAUAUGCUGCUCGAUUUCAGUGAUCUGUUACAGGUAAAUGUCUACACCCUGGGUAAAGUGUACCUGAAGCUAUCCCAGGAACUUCACAUCAAUGUUGCUGCCAUCGAUCCAUGUCUCUAUAUAGCAAGAUUUGCGCACAAGUUAGAAUUUGGUGAGAAGACCCAUGAUGUUUCCAUGACAGCCUUACGCCUUGUAUCUAGAAUGAAGAGAGAUUGGAUGCAUACAGGGAGGAGACCCUCUGGUCUUUGUGGGGCAGCACUCCUUGUGUCUGCACGCUUGCAUGAUUUUAACAGGACACAAAAAGAAAUUAUAAAGGUUGUUAAAGUGUGCGACGCAACUCUUCGUAAACGAUUAACCGAGUUUGAGGAAACACCGUCAGGAAAACUGACGAUUGAAGAGUUCAACAGGAUUGACCUCGAGGAGGAGCAGGAUCCUCCCUCCUUCAGACAGGCUCGGAGGAAGGCAAAGUUACAUCAGCUGGAAGAAAUGAACAAGCUAAAGGAUUUGACUGGGGAAGUUACAACUGUCCAAGAGGAAAUAGAGAAGGCAUUACAGAGAAAAAAGAGAGGGGAAGACGAUGAUACUGCAAGUAUUAUUUCAGACCUCUCUGAAAGUUUUGUAGAGGAGGAGAGUAUACCUUUCAAUGGCAUUGAUGAGGCCAAUGCAAGUUCUAUAGAGCCGGCACCAGAUCCUCCUAGCUCUGAUCCAGUCACAUCACAGUUGUCUCCAGCACUUAAUCCUGAUGCAGAGGCCCCUUCAGUGCAAGAGGGCUCUUCUAAGACUCUUAAAACCUCUGAAAAAUCGACCAACCAAUAUAUGCCCGAAGAGUUAAUUGAUAGCUUGUUGCAGCCUGAUAUAGGCGAAGCAAUGCUGCCCAAGGCAGGUCUAGGCCCAAGUGCUCUUUCUUUAGGAUUGACAAACACUAUUGAAGAGUGUAUGCGUAUUCCAAAUGAAAAAGAAAUACCUACAGAUGACUCCGAGUUGGAUCUCACUGGUAUCGAUGAUGGUGAAAUUGAUGAGUUUAUUUUGUCUGAGAGUGAAAUAGCUAUCAAGACAGAGAUCUGGAUGGAAGAAAAUGCUGAAUACCUCAAAACACAGAAAGAAAAAGAAGAGAGAGAAGCUAAAGACCGAGAAUUAGGUAUAAUUAAACCUGACCAGGCAAAAAAGAAACGAAAAUCACAUAAAAAAGCCCCAAUCCAAGCCAACACAGCUGGCGAGGCAAUAGAAAAACUUUUGGUAGAGAAGAAAAUAUCCUGUAAAAUUAACUAUGAUGUUCUCAGGGACCUUAACAAAAGCACAGACAUCAGUUCACCGCAAAGACCCCCAAUGGAAGUCGUUGAAGAAUCUGGACCAAUUCGACCAAUCACUGCCAAACGCACUCGUCCAUUUCUUGGUAGCAAUAAACGAGAUAGCUUUGGCUCGAGCAAACCAAAGCUAAUGAAGAUUGAAGAAGAGAAGGAGGUGAAGAAGGAUGCUAAGAUAGAGAGCAAGGCCAACAUCGUGGUGGAGAGCGGUCCCGUGCAGUAUGAUGUUAGUAGCAUGCACGGGCUAGAGGAAGAGCAUGCUGAGGCUGAUGACUAUGUGGCGGAAGAUGAUGAGCCACUUCAAAGUGCAGCUCAGCUGAUGGGACACACCGGAGACGAUGAAUAUGAUUAUGACGAUGACAUGGAUUAACUGUGGUUAUUCAGAAGAUAUCUGCAGUCAGCUUUUCAGUACAAGAAUCAGAAAUUGAACAAAGUUUAUGUUACCAAGGAAACAAGAACCAGAUAUAUGCAGACAGAAACUACUAUGUAAAUCCCUGGUUCUCAACCCUUGUACUGCAGUCCAAAAAACCAACCACGAGUUUCAAAAUGAUAUCAAAAAUAUAAUAAAUCAUAUAAUACAUUUCUUUUUUAAAGAAACUCACAUCAUUGGCAGAUCCAGGGAUUUGAAAUAGAGGGGGCCCAGAGAGGGGCCUUCACAGAUGGAAGGUCUAUGUGUGGGUCUCAGCCCCACCAUGGUAUAUGAUUAUGGCACCUCUACUGUAGAUGGCCGGAAAUGGCACUCUUACUGUACACUCAAAAUUUGAGUAGAAUUUUCUUUUUUCUUAAUUUUAUUUUUAAUUUUGAAAAACUUAGGGUGCCCGGGCCUGCUGGGCCCCCUUUUAAUACGCCACUGCACAUUAUAAUAAUAUAAUUCUUUAUCUUAUCCUCAUUUCUAAUUGCAAAUUUGGACUGGGCCAAUGGGGACCCACAGCGGCCACAGUUAUGGAUACAAACAAUUUCCUUAACAUGAGGGUUAUUUGAGGAGCCAGGCCAUCAGACUCAAGUUAAAACCUGACCGCGGGGGCUUCAGCGCAAGAAGGAGGAACAGUACUUUUCACUUUUCAGGCAACCUCUCAGUUAUUGUAAACAAGAGGAUAUUUUCGAUUUAUUGGGUUUAUUGUUAUUUAUAACCAUUUUUAUGGUUAGGGAGGUGUAAGAGAAAAUAUGUUUGAUAAAUUUUAAAUUUGGACAGAAAAAAAAAAACAUUUCAAAGUAUGUUUCUCAAACCAAAUGUAUCCACCAACAAUAAUGGUAAUGUAGCAUUUUAAUUGACUUACAAGCAGACUCUGGUUUGAAAAGGGUUGAGAACCAGCGACUUACAGUACCUGUGGAUAAAUAAAUACACCUCUCUCAAGUUGAUUGAGGUAGUGUCAGUGCAAUUCUGAAGAAUAAAUUUUACCUUCCUGGUGUGUUAAUUAUUAUUGAAACAAAAGGUUCUGAUAAUGAUAAUGAAUUUUAUUUAUUGUGCGUUUAACACAAUGUGCUUGAUUAAUGGCAUCAAGAAUUAAUUUUUGUAAUAAUGUUGUGAUAUUCAAUGGUGCAGGCUAUUAGGCCAAAAAAAAAAUUCUUGUGUUGGCCACAUUUUUGAAAAAAUGGGUAGGUCAUUAGGAAAAGUUAUAACACUGUAACAUCGCCUACCGUCGAACAGGAUAGGCAUAUUCCAGCCUUUUUAGCUCAUUAAAAAAUAUUUUUUGUUGUAAAAAAACUAAAAUGCAGAACCUCAAUUUCGUAUAUUUUAGGUCAGUCGGGCGUGGCCAACAGAAUAAUUUUAAAACAACCUCAGUGUCGUAUCUAGGGGACAUGCCGCCCCCUCCCCAAGCCCCCAUAAAACUGGCACCCCUCCAGUCGCCCCCGCUAUAAAAUAAAAAAUUAUGCUGAAGUCGAUAAAAACUAACUCAUAUCGCCUUAUUUUGUAAGCUAGCUCCCCAUUGCUUGUCAUCAAGCUUCCUCCUUCAGUUGCUCCACCCUCCAUUUCAAGACUCAGAUACACCAAUGAUCUAUAGGGGUGUAACCCUUCCAUUUAUCGUAGAAGGUAAGGUGAUAAUGGGGUCCUGUAAUAUAUAUGAAAUAAAUGUCAUUCUUUAUAAACACAGUCUCAUUACAUGGCUUAGGGAGAUGUUUUUCAGUGUUGAGUUACCUAAAUUGAUUCAGUAUUUAUAUGUUAACUAAACUGAUUUUGAAUAUAUUUGCGGAUUAAAUAUUAAGAAUAGCAAACAGUUUUGUUAGUCUUUCAUCCACACCCAUUGAGAAAAUAUUAGGAAAAUGAAUUAAUUAAAUAUUUCCAAGUUGAAUGAAAUUUAAAGUCCUGAACAAUAAUUUGUGGAUCUCUGAAACAAAAUUCUAAUUUUUAAAAUGAAUUACUUUCUAAUUUAAAUAAUUUCUAGAUUUAAAGAAAAUAUUUACAAAAAAACAACUUAUUUAUUUUGUAUGUAUUGUUCUGUUUGGCUUCCGUUUAAAUCACUGCCCUUACAAAGCUAAAGAACACUGGAGGCAUCAUAUGUGUAAAUUUUGGUUUAACUUAUUGUUAGACGUGUUACAAUAUAAAUUCUGUACUUAACUGAAACAUCAAAAGUUACACCGUACAUCUUGUGGCCUAGAUGCCAUAUUGCUAGUACAAACAAGUGUAUAAAUAAUUUUAAGGAAUUAAGUUUAACUUACUCUAAAUGAUCUAAAAGCGCCGCUCGAAUAAGCGCCAUAUUCAACAGCGCUUAUUAGAUGUAUAUUUUGAGUAAAUAUUACAGAAACUAAUCAGGGUACAUAGGCCUACUCUAUUUUUACAAUGAACCUCGAUAUUUCGUAUAAUCGAGGUAUUUUUAUAUGUCUCACGAAAUUCAUUAUGCAUAAUGAACGUUUGAACAAUAAUUGUCAUUUGUUUUUAAAAGUCUGUACGAAGUGCCAAUUUCUCCUCAUAAAGUACGUACCAAACUGGAACCGCAACACCAUUUAUAAGAACUACGGCGCUUAUUGGGUCAUUUAUGGUAAUGUUAAAUAAGUUACUUUGGUUUAAAUUAUUGAUAGAUAAGUUAGUUUGACAUAACUUAUCUUUAAGUUUGUAAUAAAACGGAUACAGAUAUGUUA